CAACGCAUGUAUAAAAUGUCAGCAUUUUUAUUGCUGACUAAUUUGUCUAUUUUACUGACGCUUCCUUUUUACCGCAUUUUGUUAUGGAAAUUCUCUAAGUUUUAUUUUUGAGUUUUAUUGAACCAGACCUAAAGCGAAGAGGAAAAAUCAUGGAUAUCAGACCAAACAACACAAUUUACAUCAAUAACCUAAAUGAAAAAAUCAAAAAAGAGGACCUGAAGAAGUCCCUGUAUGCUAUAUUUUCCCAAUUUGGUCAGAUUAUUGAUAUAGUCGCUUUAAAAACGUUAAAAAUGAGGGGUCAAGCAUUUGUGAUAUUCAAGGAGAUCCAAAGCUCGACUAACGCUUUGAGGUCUAUGCAGGGCUUUCCCUUUUAUGAUAAACCAAUGAGAAUCCAAUAUUCCAAAACAGACUCAGAUGUCAUCGCGAAACUGAAAGGUACAUUCCAAGAACGUCCCAAGAGGAUUAAACCUCCGAAAGGUCCUGAUGAUGAGGCGCCAAGAAAGAAGAAGAAGAGCAAAGAUCCAAACAGGAUUCCUGGAGCCAACGCGGAACAACCACCUAACCAAAUUCUGUUCCUUACAAAUCUACCUGAUGAAACAAGUGAAAUGAUGUUGUCCAUGUUGUUUAACCAAUUUCCUGGAUUCAAAGAGGUCCGUCUGGUUCCCAACAGACAUGACAUUGCUUUUGUAGAAUUUGAGAAUGAAAUGCAAUCCGCGUCUGCCAAAGAUGCCCUUCAAGGUUUCAAGAUUACGCCGACGCAUGCUAUGAAGAUCUCUUUUGCAAAGAAAUAAUUUUUUUACUUAAAGACUUUGCUAAGUUUAGGAUCCAUAUUAAACUCAUUUACAUUUUAAGUUAAAGUACAAAAUGUUUUCAGAUAACACUAUAUUUUGAUUUAAUAUAGUAUUCCAAACAAUA